AUGCAGGCUGUGUAUCUUCCUAUGUGGCUUAUACAUGCAGAGAUUCAAGUUGAAGCGAAGAUAUGGAAACCGGUCCUGCCGGAUGACGAGAUCCAGCAGCAAAGCGUGCUGUGUAUUCAACAAGCUCAAAGAUCGGCUAGGGUUAUUUGGCAUGUUCUAUGACACCUGACUGUUCACUCCACCACGAAGGCAUCGCUCAUGACCCAUUUGUCUCGAAUCUCAUUCUCAUUCGAGCGAUCCAACUGGAUCGCAUUUUGCAUUCCCACCUCUGAGUUGCAUAACCAACCUCUCGAAGAGGACAUUAUAUACAUGGAGUUUCAGCGCACUCCGGGACCGUUGGACAUCAUGGACGCUGUCCGUUCGUUUUCACGAGAACAAGCAAAUAUGGGAAAGGAUGUACGGUUUCAUCCUAGUACCGCGAAGGAAAUUUUCGUGCGUCAAUUGAUUACAGCCUACUCAAACUUCGGUUUCUGUUGCCGCUUUGGUUCGCACAACAUGAGACUGUUUCAGGACAAAGAAUCACCGUGAUACUAGAGGCGUAUCAUUCGGACAAUGUCAGUUCAUCAGCUUUUCUACCUUCUG